AUGAGCGCGUCCGUUGCUGCUGCUGCUGCUGCUGCCCCGCCAGCCAACCGCAAAAAGACACCCACCGCCAUUGUGUCCCUCUUCUCCGGUGCGGUCGCGGGCGGCGUCGAGGCCACGGCAACCUAUCCCUUCGAAUUCGCAAAAACCCGCGCCCAGCUCCAGGUCGGCGCCUCGGGCUCCAAAAACCCCUUUACCGUUCUUGCCCAAGUGGCCAAAACCAAUGGAUUCGGCGCCAUCUACACGGGGUGCUCUACCCUGAUUGUCGGCACCGCCUUCAAGGCCGGCGUCCGCUUCCUCUCCUUCGACUCGAUCCGCAACCGCCUUGCUGACGAGCGCGGGGUCCUCUCUCCGGCGCGAGGCCUGCUGGCAGGCAUGCUGGCAGGCGCAGUGGAGAGUAUCGUUGCAGUCACACCCACAGAGCGUGUCAAGACGGCUCUGAUUGACAAUGCAAAGAGCGGCGGCGAACGCUACCGCGGCGGCUUGCACGCCUCCAGAGUCAUUGUGCAAACCCACGGCAUUGCCGGGCUGUAUCGGGGUCUGGUGUCGACAACAGCAAAGCAAUCCGCUACAUCGGCUGUUCGCAUGGGAUCGUACAAUGUGCUCAAGGAGUUUGCGCGGCGGAAGAACCUUCCCCAGAACAGCGCCGCUACCUUUGGCAUGGGCGCUGUGGCUGGUGUCAUCACCGUCUAUGCCACACAGCCUUUCGACACUAUCAAAACACAGGCGCAGAGCGCGCAAGGCGCAAGCACAAAAGAGGCUUUCCGGAGUGUCUUGCGGAAGGGAGGCGUGCGGGGUUUCUGGAGCGGGAGCACGAUGCGUCUAGGCAGGCUGGUCUUGAGCGGCGGCAUUGUAUUCACAGUUUACGAGAAGGUGUCGGAUCUGCUGACGCCUUCGAGCCUAUGA